AUGAGGGCGAUUACCAUUACGCGCCGAAACCCAAACACCUGCGGCACAACCGGCUCCCUGCGCAUUUUGGGCUCGUCUUUCGAUCCGUUCUGGAUGUCCAUAGAACGCCCAGCCGAAGCAAGGGUCGACACCGAUGCGUCUGGUGGUCAAACUGCGUCUCGUGGUGACCCGCCCGCUCCUCCCGCCUCAUCAAACUACACCACCAACGAGGGGUUCAACUUCGGCGCGUCUCCAGAGCUGACAGAGGGUGCAGCGCGCUACCAACGAAAACUACAAAACGACGCAGAGGAUUUGGACUUGAGUGAACUUCCUGCAGACGUUGCCAGCACUCUGCGUGACUGGCUGGUCCGCUCGGCCACCUGUGGAAUGCGCUACCAGUGGGUAAAAUUAGCUCCAGUGUUCUGGCCCCGCUGGUUACGCCACACCGACUGCGAAAAAUCUGGUGGCUCGCGGAGUUGCUCUUUCCCUAGCGGGAUGGCAUGCCGGCAGGCCCAAACCACACAGAUAAAGAUACUGGCCUGGCACUGCUGGAGCAGCGAAGAGAGAGGCGGGGAUGGGUUAAGAGGGAUGGCCGGGAUCGACAGGGAGACUGUGGUGGUGGGGACAGGUGUUGCAGGCAGAAAGUGUUUGUGGAGGCAGGUGCCUUAUCCUGUGGUUACCGCGUGUAAAUGUUCAUGCAAAUAGUUUAUUUGAUCACGAACAUGUAACCUAUUUGGGGUUGGCCUACAUUCAAGAGAGAAUUUAUUUGAACAUCUGAUUGUCAAUGUAGGCUUACGACAGUUUAUUUUGCAAUUGAAUAUCAAUGAUUGUUUGUCCAGCCUUAAAUAGGCUACCUGUAUACAAUUAAUUCACUUGGGUUUCGUAAUCAACUUGUUUUCAUUAGUAUGAAACGAAGCUAUUGGACGAAAAUUGAAUAAACUUGAUGUU